AUGAAUGAUUCGAGGCAGCAAUCAUUGUUCUUCAUCACAUCUCCAGAUUUACACAAACUCUGUGCUGUCAGGAUAAUACUGAGUAAUGGGGUGGCGGAUACUGAGAUUAGGAGUACGCAAAUGAAGAUGUGCAGGCAAUUGCUGUUUUUGCACCAAGAUAUUCUUACAUCACCUGUGCCUGGAAUAUUAAACCAAAUUUGGGUAGUGAUGGCGAUACCAUUUUAUAAAGCUGGAAAACUUAAUGCCUAUAUUGAAAAACACGGAGCUAAAGUGGAGGCUCCACAGAGAGUAAUCCCUGUAAUUCUUCAAAACUGCCUUUCAUACUCACUCAUGGCUAGGCUUGCUCCAGCCUGGAAUAAAACUGGCCAUCUCUUGGUGCAAGGACGAGAAUUUCUUUCUCAGAUGGGAAAGCAAAGUGCUGUUGUAUUAGACAUCAAUGUAACUGAAACUCAAGUUUGUCUAAGUAUAGAAGCUUACACAAUCAGACUGCCACCACCUGAGCUAAGAGAAUUUGAUAUUUCUCAGAGUGUUAUAAAGGAUUUUGAUACUAACAAGAAUGCCAUCAUUGAAGGACAUUCAAUUUUAAGCAACUGGUGCUACGUUUUGCCAAGUAUGAAAAGGGGACAAAUAAUAAGUAUUCUUCACACCAUACCCCCUGACUGUCCUUUUCAUUCAUAUGAAGAUUUCCAGAUGCACUGGGAUGACCUGAUGACAACGAAACCAUGCUACUACACACAAGAACUAAUGAAGCCUCAUGUACAGGAAAACAAAGUCAAGGCGCCUAAUCUGACCACUAAACAAGUGUUUAGGUCCUCUCUGACUCGGGCCCCUUGCACCAGACCUGUCCUGGCUCAGUGUCUUGUACCAGGUUCAGGAGCCAUGAACCACAGGAUGGAGAUUCCAGGCAGCCAGCUGAAGAAAACCUGGGUGUCCUCAGCACUGCACCUCCAGCAGCAGUCUGUUCAGAGCGGAAAGAAAUCCCUGUCUGACAAGGCACCACAAGUACAUUUGGAAGCACCAAAGCCUAACACAGGAAACCUUCAAGUUCAAGGCACAGACUUAAGCUCCCAGAAUAAUACUGCCCCUACAUUCAUACCAGUUUUCAAAAAUCGAUCCUUGCAGAUGAAUAAAAAGAUCUUAGAACCUGGCAACCUGAAAAGGCAACAGCAUGUUGUUACAGAAUCUAAAUUCUUUUCACUUAAAACUAGUGUGAUCCAAAAUGACAAGCUGAAUUUAGAUCCAGCUAUUAAAAAAAGAUCUAAUCAUAACAUUCAGAUGAAUGCUAGAAAUUUAAAUCAGAAGAUUUCCAGACUUCUGCAAGGAAAAAAUACUGAGUCCUGUGAAAAUAUGACAAAAUAUCCCCCUUCUAAUGGAGAAUCACCAACUGUGAGUUUAAAUGAAAGUAAACACCUCUCUAAUAGUUCAGUAUCUCAUAUAUCAAAUAACAGUUUAGGUGUAAUAAAAAGUGCGGUUGACUUCCAAGUGAAUAGAAAAGAAAAUUUAACAAGGAAAUAUAUAACACAAAUUUUGGGGAAAGGCCGCGAAUCACUAAAAAUGAAAAAACAACCAUACAUUUUUGAAUCAGACACAGAAACAGAAGAUCCCCAACUACUGCAGCCACAAUCAAUAAAUCAGACUAUAAAAGCUGAUGUAAGUGACCACAAAUUGGUGAUAAGCAAAACAUCCCAGAGGUCUAAAAGAAGAUUGUGUCAAGAAUCUUCAAAAGCUUCAAAGAGACCUCAUUCCAAUACUAUCCAUUAUGGACAGUCCAGUUUUCCUAGGAGCAAGAUACAUGAUGUGGACAAAUCAAAAGUUCAGAAAUCUCUCAUCAUUCCUAAAACUUAG